AAUAAUCCAUUUCAUUUCAUUGACUUGCUCACUCUUUAUAAAUAUAUAAAACCCCUAAACCUAAGGAAAAUAAAUAAUACCUUUAUUGUUAUUAUUGCCAAUUAUCAACAACCAAAGCCCCAACUCCAACUCCUUCUUCUUCUUCUUCAUCUAAUUCUCUUCCUCUUUUGGCUUUCUCCGACCACAACCGCCGCCGUACGGUAAUCAUCAUCAUCAUCAUCACCACCACCAUCAUCGAUAUGGAACCGUCGGAAUAUCAGCCGGGAAAGUCACCGAAAAAAGAGCUCCAAGGGCCACGUCCAACACCUCUCAAGAUUCACAAGGGUUCUCACAAGAUCAAAAAGCCUCCGGUGGUCCCACAACAGUUGCAACCUGCUCUGCCGCCACGGCAGCCUGUCAUAAUCUACACAGUCUCGCCGAAGAUCAUCCACACAAAAGCUAGCGAAUUCAGAGACCUAGUGCAACGCUUAACCGGUCUUCCCUCGUCGACGCUCGGGGCGGCUGCGGCGGCGGAUAUGGCGGUGGACGCCACUACCACCACCAGCUCCAGCAGUACUACUACUAUCACUUCAAGUACUUCUACUACUUCUAGUACUAUUACUAAUUACACGACCUCUAACCCUAAUUUGUACGGUAGCCACUUCAUGAUGAGCGGCGGUGGCGGGGUAAUAUCGCCGGCGGCGCGUUACGCUGCGACAGAGAAGGCCAAAUCUCCACCGGGAAAAAUCAAAGGGCGUCAUUUCAACAUUGGAAAUAGUCACGAUCAUCAUAUUCAUCAAUACUUUGGGAUGAAUAGUAGUAGUGGUGGUAAUAUUACUAGUCAUCAUGGUGUGGAGUCUGGAUUAAUGGAGAUAGAUCAUGAUCAUGGAGAUCAUCAUCAUCAUCAUCAUCAUCAUGAUGGAAUGGAGAAUAACAACAAGGGUUUCUUCUCCGGGAUCUUGUCUCCGGGACCGGCUUCUCUUCCACCUAUUCAUCCAAACUUCUUCUCUCCACUGUCCGAUAGCUUCUUCCAUGAUCUGAGCCCUGUACUUCAGGCCAACCGGAGCAGUUUCAACAUUGACCAAGGGGAACGAAUUAAAGAUGGAGUUGGGCAAUUAAUUCAUAUACAUAUAUAUAUAUAUAUAUUUAUAUUUAUACAUGUGGCAUGGGGUAGCUUAGCUAGGGUACUGGUAGGGUUUAUACAAUUUAUUAAUUAGUGUCCUUUUCUUUUGGUUUUAUAUUUUAGGUUUUUGUGGGGUUAUUAGAUGGAACAGUUUAGCAGAUUAUUAACUAUAUUAAUCAUCAUCAUUAUAUAUAUGCAUGGUGAUGCUGGUGAUGAUUAUGAACUCAUGUAUAAAAUCCUUUUUGGAAACGCCAUUUUUGUCAUAUACUCUAUAUCAUUAUAUGAAAAGGAACAAUUCUAUCUCAAUUCAAUGAUCAAUAUUAUUAUUAAUUGAUUCAAUUUUAUGUCA